UUCAGCCGGAGGCCCGGGAUGCAGGGGUGUGCCCCGGGCGGCCGAAUGGGGCGUCAGCGGCCACCGCGAGGGCCUCCCUGCCCGAAGUGGGAACAAAAGGGGGGACCCGCCCCAGCGGCUCGGCCAUCCCGGGGCGAUCGGGAGGCGGGGCCGAGGGCAGCCGGGGGCGGCCUGGGUCAGGGCUGGGGGGCC